UGUUCUCAGGGAUUAUCUGUUCCAAAAGGGGAAGGUAAAAGUAUCUGAGUUAUGUGAUAAUCUCUAUGGUGUACUUGCUGAUCGAGAGGAAGAUCAGGUUCCUAUAAACUUACAACCAAAGCUGCGAAAAGGAAAAAAUAGAAAGGUCACGCUUUUGAAUGAUAUUUCGGAUCUAUAUCUGUUCAUAACGGAUAACAAAAGCUUCCCCAGAUCUAUACUCAGUACAAACAGUUUCCUACCCGAUGUCAUCGGCAAUAAGGAAUUGCGUCAAAAUGCGUAUCGCAACGAGCGUAAUGCAACAGUGGAUAUAAACAUAACAAUGCUAACCCAGCGAGUUGUGGAACUUGAAGCAGAUAGAGAUAGCCAUAAAAAGGAGAUAAAGGACUUGAAAGAUGAGGUAGGAACGCUAUUUUCGAAACUUUCUAAACUUCAGGUCGAUGUGACCAAUUUCGUCAAAACAUGUACUUGUACAUGUAAACAAUCCGAGGUGCCAGUAACUGGUACUCUGCCAAAACCCCUGAUCCAAGCCAAUUCCAAGCCACAAACAAUCCCAAUUAGUAAGGCGACUACUCUUGAGGAAAUAGUGAGUGAACAACAACAAAUGCUCGCUUUUGCCAAACAACGCGUUAAUGAAGUCAAUAAUGCCAAAGUCCAGGACUGUUAAUCCCGAAACAAGCGACUCGUUUUUGUCGCUUAAUGAAACUGUUAUCAAUACAUGUGUAACGGGUGCCAGCACGCCUAAUAAACCCGCAUCAUCUGUUAAAGCAAAAGACCAUGGUUAUUCUAAGAUUGAUCAUCCGACCCCAGCAAUAGCGCCCGAUCCACAUAAUACAUAUAUUAUUACCGAUUCAACGCCCAUCGAAGUCCCAGGAACCAACAAGAUCUCUUCUUAGUCCAAGACAAUCAAAGAAACCCCUUCAACGUUCAGUGAAGUGUUAACUUCGCCAUCUAAUGUAUCGGACAAUGCCAGUCAAUUACCAGGGAAAGAAUG